UUCGCAUUCCCAUCUGCCUGGCACUCGAUCGCAGUUUCUUCGAGCCCUAAAUCGUCGCGUUUCAUCUCGCAGCAUGCAGCUCCGACUCUCCGCUGCCGGGCGCGUCCUGGUCACCGGUGGCGCAGGCUAUAUCGGCAGCCACACCGUGCUGCAGCUCCUCCUUGAGGGGUGCUCCGUCGUCGUGGUGGAUAACCUCGACAACUCCUCCGAGGUCGCCAUCCAGCGCGUCGCUGAGCUGGCCGGCGAGUUCCGCAAAAAUUUGACCUUUCAUAAGAUUGAUAUUCGGGAUAAAGAGGCAUUGGAAGAAGUUUUUGCAUCGACAGAGUUUGAUGCAAUUAUACAUUUUGCUGGUUUAAAAGCUGUGGGUGAAAGUGUCCAGAAGCCUUUGCUUUAUUAUAAGAACAACCUCAUUGGUACAAUUACUCUUUUGGAAGUAAUGGCUGCUCACAGAUGCAAGAAGCUUGUGUUUUCAUCAUCAGCAACUGUCUAUGGGUGGCCUAAGGAUUUGCCUUGUACAGAAGAGUCGCCUUUAAGCGCAAUGAACCCCUAUGGACGAACUAAGCUUAUGAUUGAAGAUAUAUGUCGUGACAUUCACCAAGCCGAUAGCGAGUGGAAGAUAAUGUUGCUAAGAUAUUUCAAUCCUGUGGGAGCUCAUCCGAGCGGGGACAUCGGUGAAGAUCCUCAAGGAAUUCCUAAUAAUCUGAUGCCCCUGGUCCAGCAAGUUGCUGUUGGGAGGAGACCAGCACUAACAGUGUUUGGAAAUGACUAUUUGACCAAGGAUGGAACUGGGAUAAGGGACUACAUACAUGUUGUUGAUCUUGCAGAGGGACAUAUUGCUGCUCUAAAGAAGCUUUUUGAGGACCCGAAGAUAGGCUGUGAAGUUUACAACCUAGGAACUGGAAAGGGAACAUCAGUUUUGGAAAUGGUGGCAGCAUUUGAGAAGGCUUCUGGAAAGAAAAUCCCACUCGUCCUCGCUGGAAGGCGACCUGGUGAUGCCGAAGUCCUGUUUGCAUCCACUAGCAAAGCAGAAACAGAGUUGAACUGGAAAGCUAAGUACGGAAUCGAAGAGAUGUGUCGUGAUCAAUGGAACUGGGCAAGCAAGAACCCGUGGGGCUACGAGUCUCCCGACACUAUUAAUGGAGUGACAAAGUAGUUGGGCUCGCCAAGCCUAUUGCUAAUGCGAUCAUGUACAUUGUACAUCUAGGUUUACUGAUGACUCUUGUAUCUGAUAUAUUAUCACAGAUAGGAUAAAUAUAGUGCUGCCACUGCUGAAACCUUUCUAGUCAAAGAUAUCGAUUCCAUAUAUUCUUGUAUAAUUAAUAAACCCUCAUAUGAAUUGAACUUGUAAUAGGCCCAGGAGGAUUAGGUGUAAUUUAUGUUAGAAUUGUAAUACAUCAUACAUAAACUAAGAUGCAUCUAUAAUAAGAUUUAGUUAUUAUUAA